AUGGGAAAUAAACCAAGUUCUUCAAAAAGUUCUGCUUAGAAAUAAUCUAAAUAAAAUAUUUAAAGUCAAAAUUAAGGUGGCUAACAAUCAUAACAAUCUAAUAAGCAAUAACUAACUCCAUAAUUGCAUUUAAAAUUAACAUAAUAAAUACCUGUGAGUUAAAAUUCUCAAAAUAUAAAUGAGGAGGCAGCACAAUAAUUGGAAGAAGAAAUUGCAGAAUAAUAAAUUAUAGAAUAGACUUAAAAUGAACAUAUUGAUAUUGAUGCAAAAGUAGGAGAAACAAUAGAAAGGAUUCAUAUAAAUAUGAUAGCAAGAUAGGAUGUUGUUACUAUAAGUUAAUUUCCUCAAAUACUUCCAGUGGUAUUACAAGUUUAAGCUAUAAAAUCACAAUAAAAGCAUGCAAAAGCAAAUAUAGAUUUAAUUUGUGUAGUUGAUGUAAGUGGAUCAAUGGAAGGUUAGAAAAUUAACUUAGUUAAAGAUUCAUUAAGAUAUAUCUAAAAAAUUUUGAGUCCAAAUGAUAGGUAUAUAUAAUUUAUAAUGAUGUUAGAAUAUCUUUAGUAACAUUUGGAACUUAUUCAGCAAUUAAUUUACCUUGGACAAGGAAUAAACCAGAAAAUAAAUAAAAAAUUAAGGAUGCUAUAGUUGGAAUGAAAAUUAGAGACUCCACAAAUAUUGCAGAGGGUGUAAAAUAAGGAUUAAGAAUGAUUAAAUAAAGAAAAUAUAAAAAUCCAGUUACUUGUAUGUUUGUAUUAACAGAUGGAUAAGAUGAUAAUAAAGGAGCAGAUGAUAGAUGUUAACAAGCUAUAAAUGAAUAUUAAAUUUAAGAUACAUUUGUGAUUAAUUCUUUUGGAUAUGGAUAGGAUCAUGAUGCAAAGGUUAUGAAUAAUAUAUCAAAUUUGAAAGGUGGUACUUUUACCUUUAUUGAUAAUAUUAAUAAAGUAAUUUUUUAUUAUUAAUAAAGGCUUCUGAACAUUUUAUUUUAGCAAUGAGUGGCAUGUUAUCAGUUUUGGCUAAAAAUGUUAAGUUUAUCAUUGAAGAAAAUCCUAAAUAUCCUAUUAAAAAACUCUAUGGGGAUGAUUUUCUAUGGAAAAAAAUUCAAGAGUCAAAAUAUCAAAUGAAUUUGAACUAUUUAUUAGAAGGAGAGAAUAAAGAAUUUGCUUUAGAAAUUGAAAUACCAUCAAGCAAUAAAAUUAAUUCCUAAAAUGAAAAAGUAUUAAGAACUCAUUUAAUUGGUGAAUUCAUAGAAUUAAAAACAAAUUUUACAAAAUAAUAAGAACUUAACAUAUAAUUUUCAUAAUAAGAUAUUCCUUAUGUACCAAAAGAGAUAGUAGAAGUUAAUUAUUUAAGAGCUAAAGCUGGUAAUAUUAUUGGAAUUGCUAAAGAAUUAGCAAAAACUAAAAAAUAUGAUUAAGCCUAAUAAUCAUUAAAUAAAAUGAUUGAUGAAAUAGAAUAAUCUCAUUUUAUUGCUUCAAAAGCAUUAGAAGUUGUUAUUACUGAUUUAAAUUAAAUUAAAGAAAUUUGCAAACCUUAAUUAUUUGAAUAAAAAGGAGAGGCUUUAAUGUUAAAUAAAUAAAAAAAUCAUAUUUAAAGAUAAUAAUCAUUAAGUAAAAUUAAAUAUAAUUAAAUUAGAUAAUUCAAUGGAAUGGAACAGUGAUCAAGAAGAAUAAUUAGACAAUUUAAAAAAAGGAAAUUUACAAUUAAGUAUUUGUGACAUGGAUGAUGAUUAUUAAAAUGGUGCAUAAUUAGACUCUCCUAUUUAAUAAUUUAGAUAAAAUUCAUUUAAUUCUGACAUAUCAAAUUGA